AUGAGUAGUCCAAGUUAUCCAUCAAUGGAUCAAUAUAACCAAAACUACAACCAAUCACCACAACAACCAAGUCAACAACAACAACAGCAAUACUCCAAUGUACAACAGCAAGGUCAACAACAAUGGAAUCAAUCAAAUCAAAAUCAAUAUGCCACUCAACAACCAGCAUUCCACAGAGAUGUACCACAAUACGGACAUAAUCCACAAUAUUCACCACCUGGAUUGGCCGAUGGUAACUUUGAUAGUAAUAAAUUUAUUUCAAACUUUUCAAGCAACCCAUUAGCACAAGCAAGUUUAUCAUACGGUAUUAACUAUGGUCAAACUUUGUUCAAUGGUGGAAAGCAAUAUGUAGAUUCAAAUCUUGGAAAAUACAUUUCAUUCUCAUCGUUGAAGGGAUAUUUCAAUGUAAAUACAUCAUAUGUAUUCAAUAAGAUUAAAUUAAUAUUAUUCCCAUUCCGUCAAAAGUUGUGGAAAAGAAGAAUUUUGAAACAAGGAGAUAACGACCAUUAUCUUCCACCAAGAGAUGAUAUCAAUGCACCCGAUUUAUAUAUUCCAAUGAUGGCAUUUGUAACUUACUUUUUAUUAUUCGGAUUCCAAAUGGGAAUGAAAAACUCUUUCUCUCCAGACAAGCUUGGUGCAUCCAUCAGCAAAGGUAUCAUCUUUUGGUUGUUGGAAAUCGGUUUCUUCAAACUCGGAUUCUUCUUUACAAACUCCUAUUCCAUUCCAAUGUACGAUAUGAUUGCAUACAGUGGUUAUAAAUAUGUAUUGUUGGUAUUAACUAUGGUAGCAACAAUGUUGGCUGGUGGUGCAGUAUCGCUAUUCGUUCGUCUCUACACCAUUGCUUGUAUUGGAUGGUUUAUGAUUUGCACUCUAAGGGUUGUAUUAUUAAAUGACAACAAUAUGCACUCCGAUAUGCAUCACUUUGAAGGAACAACCAAGAGAAAAUACUUUGUUUUUGCCGUUGCAAUACUUCAAGUUGUUUUAAUAUUACUUUAUAGUUUUUAA